UCAACAACUGAAAGAUGUCAAAAUUAGAGUGGAAAUUAUGUUUCCAUGUCCAAGAAUAAAAAAAAUCGCCCUAAAAAAUAAGAGUCAUUGCAACUUUGAGUAUUGUGCAUGUCUUCUAUUGUCUCUCUUCUUCUGCUCUUGGAAUAUUUUUUUGAAGAGAAGUGACAAUGGAUUACACAUUCAAUAAAACCCUUCUUGUCAUGAUCCUAUCCCUCUCUUCUCUUCUUCUAUCUUCCAAUGCCAGCCAUUCGACUCGAGUUAAUGAUUUCAUCUCCACAAGUGUUCCGGCUACAGCCCCUAAAAGUUCCUUUAUAGAUAGCACCUCACCAAGUUUCCCAGUUUAUCCCCCUACUGAUUACAGUUACCCAGAUGCUCCAUCAUUAGACCCUGAGUUCUGCAAAUCCUGCGACAUCUGCAACACACCCAAAAUUGUCGCAAAUGUCGAUCCUGAAAUCUUAAAAAUAUGUGAGGGAGGAGAAUAUGAGAUAAAAGAUUGUACUAAAACCCUUUGGAAACUUUUGGAGGGUCCUUUUGAUGCCUUCAAGGCACUUGAGAUUGAGAUUAAAGACACCCAUGACGUAAUCGAGGGCAUAUUGUUUCUUCUUAACUCGCAUUGUGGCCCUAGUAGCAUCGACACCGACAAAAGAGUCAAUGAUGCCUUUUGCAUAUGUCGAGACCAAUAUGAUGCGAUGUUGAAAUCAAUCAAUCAUACAUUAGAGAUACUUCCUCAAAAAAAUUUUGUUGAUGCUUAUAAAAAUAUGGAGGCUAUGUUAUCAUACGAAAAAACAUGUCAUAUAGCUUGGACUUUGUCGGCUCCUGGGUUUUUAAGGCCAUGGGGACCGCAACCGAUAAGAGAAAGGAUUUUUAUCUCUGUGAACAUCUUGAGCAACAUACUUAAUAAACAUAGUGUCUACGUUUUUGAAGAUUAACUGCCAUUUUCAUAUGGUUAUGCAUUGAUAUUGUAUUGUCAUAUUACUUGAUAACUAAUAUACAUGCCUUUGUUGUG